AUGGGUAGCAGCGAAGCCCAGACGUACUGUCUGAGAUGGAACAACCACAAGUCCAACAUGGUGGAGAUUCUGGACGCGUUGAGCCGAAUGGAAUGUUACGUCGACUGUACGAUCUACGUCGACGACCAGGUUCAAUUCAAAGCGCACCGAGUGGUGCUGGCUGCCAAUUCAUCCUAUUUCCAGGCCAUCCUACAGGAUGUUCCCAUGGACCACUGCAGCAUCCUGUUUCCGGGUGUUCAAGAAUUCGAAAUGCGUGCCAUCCUGGAAUACAUGUACACUGGAGAAGUGAACAUUACCCAGGCACAAAUCGAACCAAUCAUGAAUAUUGCAAAACAACUGGAAGUUAAGGGUCUGUUCGAUAUGGACGAUAUCCACGGACGAUUCAAGAAUAUGGUAAUCGAACGUGAGCGAGGCUUGGCAUUUUCCAGCAACAACAACCACAGCAGCAGCAGCAGCAGCAAUCCUCAACCACCGAGCAGUAAUCAACAAUCACCUCCGGUAAUCUCGACCUCAACCAAUGUCUCGGUGGCCCACAGUAGCAGCUCAUCCCCACCGUAUACGUACAAGUCACCAUACACGAGCCUGUAUCCGCGCACUAGUCCAACAGCUGUUGAACGGGAGAGGGAACGCGAGCGCCGAGAACACGUAGAUCGGGAACACGCAGAACACUCCUCAUUCUCCCAUUCUCCUCCACAUCCAUCUUUUUCCCAUCACAGCGAACCGCCACAAGACGAACAUAGAAAGACUCCAUCUGCUUCGUCCUCUUCGUCACAGUCGGGCCCACAUAAUCUGCGAUGGUCGCUACCGGGUCAGAUUCCGGUUACACUGCAUCAACCACAACAGUUGCACAGCAUGCUCAGUUCCGUCUAUGACUCCAGUGCCGACAUGAACCCACUGAAGCGCAAAAAGCUACAAUCUAUGUCGACCAUGCUCCGUGAUACUCCGAUCCUACGAAACGUACUUGCUCAAUCGAAUCCCGCUGACUCAUCGCAAUCCUCAUCCUCUCCGCUGUCACUUCAAUCGAUUCAAUCGGGACUAAAAGCGGAAGCGGCUACCGCCAGUGCUGCUGCAGAACAUCAUGAACCAACCAACCUAAGCAAUAGCCAUCAUCCGAAUGGCGGUGGUUACAAGCACAUGAAGGAACCGCUCUCACCUUACGCCGAUAAGACCUAUGAAGAUGACGCCCUGAUGGACUCCCGUCUAAACUACAGUGCCGACGAUGCACGACUAGCGUCCUACGUUCCACACCAACAGCAGAAGCCCGAAUGGAAGAGAUACAAACAGUACACCCGUACGGACAUUCACAACGCGAUUGAAUGUGUCCGCAACGGUAUGAGUGCCCUGCAGGCAGCCCGCAGGUACGGUGUUCCUUCGAGAACUUUGUACGAUAAAGUGAAAAAGAUGGGAAUCACCACUGGGCGUCCGAUGAACCGAACGAUAAAACGCAGUCCGAGCUCCGGUAGCAGUCCAGCCCCGUUCCCAUACGGGUUGAGCGGCGCUUCACACAUGUUCGGAGCAGGACAUUCCGGAGAACAGCAAAUGCCAUCGCAGUCUCAUCUACAACCGAGUGACGAAGAAAAGUCGAGAAUGAUGAAAAUGGAACAUUCAGGCCAUCAUCUUCCGCCGACGAUUCCUCACCCGGCAGCUGCUUUGCUAGAUCCUUCGUUCCUACAGCAGGCGGCUGGACGUGAAGCUCUGCAUGCGAUGGCCAUUGCGGCGGCGGCUCACGCUGCGGUCAACGGAAUCAACACCUCUCCGGGGACACACGGAACGGCACGCUCACCAAGUCCAAACGUUCUCAUGAAAUACAUGCGCUCGGUCUCGAUGAGUUCUCCGGAAAGCCGCGAGCUCCGUCGUGAGUCCACCGAUACCGAUCGCCACCGUCACAGCAAUGGUUCCGAACCGUACGAACGAAUGGACCGGGAAUCGAUGGAGCACGAAGAUCCACGCGACAUCAGCGUAGAGGGCGACGACCUGGUGGAAGAUCUGUCAAUGGGUCGACGCGGUCCCGACUCGGAUCGUGAGUCAGUCUCACCGCCGCCCAUGCCCAGCCAAGGCCACCCGCAUCACCUGUCACUUCCACCACCGCUGCCUCCACAGCAGCAGGGUGUGAUUGUUCCCACUCCCGGCAAAAUCAAGGACGACUACCAAUCGAUGGCGAUUAAACGGGAAAUCCCAGCGGACAGCAACCCACACAUGGAAUCAUCAUAA